CUCUGUGCUCGGAACAAGAUGGCGGCGUUCAGCGUCUCACAACAACAUCGAUCCGUCUGUUUGUCUCUCUGCGCUUUAUAAAGCUCGCUUUUCUCUUUCCACAGUCAUUAUAAGCUUUAUUUAAGCUUUAUAUACAGAUUAUACAGUUUGUUUCAUUAUUAAAGUCCGUGUUUGUGUGAAACCUGAGAGUUUUCGAGCCGCAGUUAUGUCACCUUCAGAGAACGACAGUAAAGUACCCGGAUUGAGAGGAGUGAGGACUACGUCACUGUUCCGCGCGGUCAACCCGGAACUGUUCAUCAAACCUAAUAAACCGGUGAUGGCGUUCGGCCUCGUCACCAUCACGCUGUGUGUGGGGUAUCUCGGCUAUCUGCAUGCUGUGAAGGAGAACGCUCAGGAGCUCUACGAGGCCGUGGACAGCGAGGGUGAGAGAUACAUGCGCAGAAAAACCUCCAAGUGGGACUGAGAGACGCCGCAGACGUGCAGAGAGCCGCGUUUCAGAGACUCCAUUCAGCACUGAUGAUUUUACUCUAAACUCCGGAUUCAGAUCAUAAAUAACUUCUGAUAAAGACCGAGUGUGUGUUUGUGUAAAUCUGAGUUAUAGAGCCGUGUUUCACACAGUAAACCUGCGACAGUCUGUUUUCCAUCAGAGGAAGAAACUUCUGUUUUUCUUGAGUUGAAAAUCAGUGUUGUGUUUAUCUUAAAUAAAUAAAUAAAUAAUUAUAAUGUGA